AUGUAUGCAGCGAAACAUCUCUCGUCCGACUACGUCAAGUCGCUGCCUCUGCCUGACCCAUUCGAAGAGUCGGUGCUUGCCGCCCUCUCGGACAAGGCCUUUCAGCACAUGUAUGAUACUGGAACCCUCGACCCCACACUCGUACAUCCCGCCGUAGAGUCUGCUAGCGACGGGAAGUCGGAUUAA